AUGAAGCUACACACGAAACCCAUUUCCAGUCCUGGUCGAACGGAGAAGUUCCCACCGCCAUUGAUGAGGUUCUUGAGAACCAGCACAGGGAGCAGAAGCAGAGGAAGGUCAAGGUCUUCAAGCAGCACUGUCUUCCUCAGGAAGAAGAACAACACUGUGAUUGAAGCACUAGAACCCUCUUCACCUAAAGUCACUUGCAUGGGACAAGUGCGAGCUAGAAGGUCACGACCCUCAUCCUCCUCCGCCGGAGCUCCGACCAGUUCCCGCCGCCGCUGCUGCUGCUGUUGGUUCCCACAUGCUCUGUUUUGCGGCAUUUUUAAGACCAAACCUGGUUCUUGCUGCCAAUGCAAACCGGUUCAGCCCAAUUGGAGAUUCUUCUGCUUCUUCCGGAGAAGGAAAAAGGAAGAAGCUUCAACGAAAAAAACCGGGUCAAGUUUCAGUGACAGUGAAAACGACGAGUCAGAAAACGAUGAAUCAGAAAUUGAAAACAGAGUAAAAGCCAACGCGUUUGUCUGUAACUCUUCUUGUUCUACCACGCCACCGAGAAACGCUUUGUUGUUAACGAGAUGCAGAUCAGCACCUUAUCGUUCUUCAUCUCUAGCUUGUAGAUUCUGGGGUUCUCCGUUAAGGAACGAAGAAGAAGGAGAAGGAGAAGAAACAGAGCAUGAAAACAGAGUACCCUCUGAGACCCAGAGACCCAGUGAGAGUGAUUCCGUUGAAGGGAUGAACAAAGACCAAAAGAUGGAGGAAAAGUUGCGAUUCUUCAAAGAGCUUGAAGAUUCGUUCAGAGAGAGAUUAAAGGAGUCAGAAAAGGUUCAUGAAUUGAAGAGAAGAGACCAAGAAGAAGAAGAAGAAGAUGAAACAGAGGGUGAUUCUGCUAAGCCACUGGUUCUUACACGGUGCAAAUCGGAGCCGGCGAGAAUCGCCGCACAGAAACUUGAACCUGAGGUAAAGGAUUUCAGGGAAAAAGACAAGUUUGGGUUUUGCUGA